AUGUUUCGUCGCUUCGCCGGGCUCCGGCAUGUUCAUUUCAUCGGCAUCGGCGGCUCCGGGAUGAGCGGUAUCGCCGAGGUGCUGUUGGGCUAUGACUUCAAGGUCAGCGGCUGCGACCAGGCGAUCGGUGGCGCUGCUCGGCGGCUGCAGGAGCUCGGCGUCGAGAUCGCCGAAGGGCAGUCGGCCGAUCACCUGGACGAGGUCGAUCUGGUGGUCAAGUCGUCGGCCGUGCCGGACGACAACCCCGAGAUCCGAGCUGCCCGCGAGCGCGGUAUUACCGUGGUGCGGCGAGCCGAGAUGCUCGGCGAGUUGAUGCGGAUGAAGUACGGCAUCGCGGUGGCCGGUAGCCAUGGCAAGACCACCACCACCUCGCUGAUCGGCCAUCUGAUGGUCGAGGCUGAGCUCGACCCGACGGUGAUCGUCGGCGGUCGCAUGCAGGUCUCGGGUACCGGCGCGCGGGUCGGGCGUAGCGAGUUCCUGGUCGCAGAGGCCGACGAGUACGACCGUAGUUUCCUGCGUCUGAUGCCGAUCCUGGCGGUGGUGACCUCGAUCGAUCGCGAUCACCUGGACACUUACGGCGACUUGGAGUCGAUCUGCGAGGCGUUCGUAGACUUUGCCGAGCGGGUGCCGUUCUUUGGCAAGAUCAUCCUCUGCCUCGACGAUCCCAACAUUCAGCGCCUGUUGCCGCAGCUGGCCGCCGAGCAUCGGGUGACGACCUACGGCCUGACCCCGCAAGCGGAACUCAGCGCCACCAACCUGCGGGCCUCGCCGGACGGUUGCCGAUUCGGCGUCGAGUUGGCCAGCGAGGGCGGGCUGGGCGAAAUCGAGCUGCCGAUUCCUGGCCGGCACAACGUGCAGAACGCGAUGGCGGCGGUGGCGGUCGGCUUGUCGCUAGGUUUGCAGAUCGAGGACAUCGCCCAUGGCCUGGCCAACUUCGGUGGCGUCCACCGCCGCUUCGAGCGGGUCGGCGACUGGCGCGGUGCGGCGGUGAUUGACGACUACGCCCACCACCCGACCGAGGUGGCGGCGACCCUGCAAGCGGCGCGGCAGGCGUUCCCCGAAGGCGAAUCUUCGCCAUCUUCCAGCCUCACUUGUUCUCGCGCACUCGCGAUCUGGCGGAAGACUUCGGCCGUUCGCUGA